AUGCCAACUCAAGAUCACAUAUCAGACACGAUGGAAAGAGUACGAGAUCCGGAAUACAACCCCCUUUAUCUCAUCAAAUCCGCCAAAGCCAAUAAUCGGCCAGCGUACAUUGCCGGUCCCAUGGUCCGAUAUUCAAAACUUCCCUUUCGUGAACUAGUCCGGUUUUAUAAGGCCGAUAUAAUAUAUACACCCAUGAUCCUUGCCCGUGAGUUCGUCAGAAAUGAUAUAGCAAGAUAUUCUGACUUUACGACAAAUAGUGCCGAUAAGAGUGUUAUUGUCCAAGUUGGAGUUAAUAAUGUAGAUGAUUUAUUGAAGUUUACGGAAAUGAUUAAAGGACAUGUGGAUGGGAUAGGUAUAAAUUGUGGAUGUCCCAUCAAAGAACAAGUGCGUGAAGGUAUUGGAGCUGCAUUGAUGUCCGAGCCGAAUUUGGUUGCCGAUAUGGUAAAGGCUGUCAAGGAUAAAUAUGGGAAUGAAAUAUGCAUAGAUACAAAGAUUCGUAUUCAUCCAAAUAUAAAUGAAACUAAAGAGUUUGUGGACAAAGUGAUCCGGGCAGGUGUUGAUUUCAUAACUGUCCAUGGAAGGACAAAGACUACUAGAUCCUCUAUUCCGGUCAAUUUGGAUGCUAUAAAGACAAUUAGAGAGCAUGUAGAUGGAAGAGUACCAGUGAUUGCAAAUGGAGAUGGGUUUUCACUUGAAGAUUGUCAUAGAAUUGCAGAAUAUACUGGCGUGGAUGGUGUCAUGUCAGCUAGAGGAGUUCUUCGUAAUCCUGCGUUAUUUGCUGGGUUCAGCAAGACUCCAUGGAGUGCCAUUGAAAUGUUUAUGCAUUUGACUACUAGUUAUGGUUUGCCAUUUAGAGUUGCGCAACAUCAUUUUUCAGAAAUGUUGGAUGAAAUAAUACCUCGAGAGUAUGUGAAAGAAAUGAAUGAAACUACUUGUAUGAUAGAUUUGAUAGAUUGGUUUGAUAGAUGUUUUGUUUUAAAACGAAAGGGAGAAGUUGGAUUUGCAACUGCAACGGAACCAACUUGGCAUUUGGAUAAAAAAUUGGAAAAGUUAACUUUAUAG